ACCACACGACAAUUGUUCUAAUCACUAGCCACAAUCAAUUGAUAAGUGUUAGUAUUUAAUACGGUUGAUAUAUUGAUAAUAUUCCAUUCACUAAAGAUUGUUUAUCAUGGCUGGAACAACGUUCACUUUGUUAUUUACCGUCUUCACUUUAGCUCUAGCAGAUCCUCUGAGGACUGCCCAGCCUGUCCAAUUGGGAAAACCUGUGGAUCCUGAAGAAAUCCGAGGUGGAAACACCAACAUUCUGAACAGCGAUGUUGACCAGGAGAAGUUGACCAGAUACAACCCUCUGCAGAGUAACCAGUACCAUUUGUUCACCAGGCGUAACCCAACAACCAGCCAGCCUCUGCUGGUCUUCAACAACGGGAUCCUGCAGAACUCUAACUAUGACAAAACCCGCAGAACUGUGAUGCUGAUCCACGGGAGCGAUGGGAACGCUACUUCAGCUUUCAACCUUGUCUUGGUUCCAGCGAUCCUGACCGCUUCUGAUUUAAAUCUGAUCGUGGUUGAUUGGUCCGAGGGCACCGACCUUGGAUUACCUGGAGUCGUUGUUUCUGCAAACAGCGUAGCCCAGUUCGUUAUCUGGUUGAUGGGGGAGGCCGAGGGUUACGAGGAGGACUACCACCUCAUCGGGCUCGGUGUCGGUGGACAGUUCGCGGCAAUCGCCAGCAGAUUAGCCGGAAGACUCGGCCAUGUUACUGCCCUGGACCCUCCCACGUGGCAAGACGAAGAGAGACUCCGCAUUGGAGACGCUAUGUUCGUGGAAGUUGUCUUCACGAAUUCAGAAGGAGACCUCGACGAGGUGUACGGUCAAGUGGACUUCUAUCCAAACGGAGGACGCAACAUGCCUGGCUGUGGUGGGGAUUGGGCUUGUAAUCAUGCCAGGUCCUAUUUUUACAUGGCCGAAUCAAUAGUGAGCGGCGGUUUCACGGGAACUCAGUGCGCGUCAGUGAACGACGCUUUGGACGGUAGUUGUGACUUGUCCGGUAUUUUGCAAAUGGCCGCACCUUACGCUAGUUACACAGCUCGCGGCAUCUUCCACUUGGAAACAAAUGCUGCCCCGCCAUUCUCUCAAGGCUGAUAUUUGAUGAGGAAACUUUUAAGUCGUGAUGAAGAAUUCCGAUUUAUAUAAUUAUCCGUCUUGGAAAUUCUGAAACAGUUUUUUAAAAUUAUUUUUCAAGAGAAUGACAUUAUGCAGCUCUUAUUGAAUAUACUCAUUUUUUCAA